AGUCUCUGUGGAUACGGAAUGAAGUGGUUCAUUAUUUUUGCGUGCUUUGUGGCCGCACAAAUCGUCCAUGGGGCAGACGUUUAUCUUGUUCAACAAAAUAUUGGAGCAAAAAGAAUUUAUUUGCCACUUCGACUAAAUGAUGAAACUGUAAAAAGUUGUAGUCUAACAACAAAUAAAGGAGAGAAUGUAACCGUGCCAGUUAAUGAAACUGAACCUUCAGUGAACAUAGCUUUGAACUAUGAUGAAUUUGAUGGAUAUGACAUAAAAAUCAACGACCCUUCUGCUGAACUAAAUGGAUUGUGGUCAAUAAAUAUUGAAACUACUAACAACCUAGUAGUGGACAGAAAGAUUUAUAUUCAAAUAAAGAACCUGAAAGAAUUCGAAGAUAUUGUAAGAAUAAACAUUUAUGAGAAUCAGUAUGCAAUUCUAAAACUACCAUUGCAUUUCCCUAAAUUAGAAGUCUGCAUGCUUCAAGUUUACACUGAUUAUCACAACACACAUUAUUAUGACAUUUUAUCAGAAAAAGCCAAUCACUUAUCAAUAAAUGAAUCUAAUAAAUGUGGUGUAAAAAUUCAGCGUAACGAAACAGACUUCAGCAAUUAUUUGCAUCUUUAUGCUUCAGAUAUUAACAGUCAUGAAAUAUACAAGAUGUCUUUCGAAAUAAGCUUUAUUUCUUCAGAAAAUAAUCAUAUGCCGCAAGUGGAGCAUUUUCCACUAGGUAAGAGAAACGUAAUAAUUUUUCCAAAAGAUGAAAGGGCAGAGCCAAAAGUGACUUAUUGUCAACUGGAAGACCCAGCUGGAAAAAAGUUGCCCAUUCAAUCUAAAUCUUGUUCCUACGAAAUUCCAUAUGUUACAAAAUACCAUGAUGGAGUCUGGAGAUUAAAUUAUGGGUUUGUUGGAAGCACUGAUUCAAUGACAUCUUUUGUAAACGUUACAACUUAUGAUCAAUUGACUACAUCCGUGAAUUAUCAUCAGACGGAAAACUCAAUAAACCUUUUGUGUCAAGUACGAUACAAAGAGAAGCAAUAUUAUAGAGCAUCUAAAUACUGUCUCUUUACCAGAUCUGAUAACUUUACAUUAAGUGUUACUCCUGGAAUAGGAAGCGAGAAGUAUCAAUAUUAUGGAGAUGGUGACCAACAGGACAAAUAUUUAGAUACUCUUAAAGUAUACGACUGCGGACUGACUAUAAAAUCACCAUCUUUAAAAGAUUAUAGUCCGUGGAAAUGUACAAUGCAUAUAAAAGACGAUAUAUUUGGAAGUAUUCUUAAUAUUGAUGAUUCAAGUAGGGUACUCGUUAUGCAGCAACAUACAGCUAUAAGCAACAAACUGUAUGUACAGAAAGGAACUCCAUUCAUGCUAAAGUGUUUAGCAGGGCAAAUUCUAGAUUACUGUUGGUUUUUAAGUCCUAACGGAACUGCGUACUCAGUAUCGAAAAACAGAAGAUCACCAACAGACCUUACGUAUCAAGGCUCCGGCCUAGAGUUUGGUGAAUGUGGAGCUGUUGUUGAAGUUGCUGACAACUCGCACGAUGGUAACUGGAGUUGUCAUAUGGGUGCUUCAAAUACAACUGAAAUGACAGCUCGUAUUUCUGUCACAGUCACAGACUCUCUAUUAAUUGCGGAAGAAAAAAUAUACAUUUCAUACAAAAAUCCAACAAUUCUAAACUGCAAUCUCUUACCAGGUUAUGACAAUGUGAUCAAUUAUUGUCGUUGGAUAAGACCUGAUGGUAGUGGAAUUUAUAACAAUGUAGAUAAUAAGUACGUGACUGAAAGAACGUUAUCAUCUUGUAAAUUAACAAUCCAAGAAAUAGAAUUUGCAAACGACAUUGGUACCUGGCAUUGUGUUGCUGGUAUUUCAGGAGGAGAAAUGAGGGAAGCUACAACUCAAAUACAAAUUAAAUAUGCCUAUAUAGAAAUGAGUGGCACAAUUUCUAUAAUCCUUGGGAUUGCACUUUUAGUUAUAACAACAAUAACGCUUUUUGUUGUUAUUAUCCGAAAUCGUAGGACUAGACAAGUUCCUGAAAAAAUUCUUGAAUACAAGCCACGACUUCCAUAAUUCAUCAUUAAACGUUGCAAAAAAAAAAAAUGUUUAAAACUAUCUCCAUUAUAUUUAUUUCAAAAUAAGAAUUAUCUUAUAUUUUUUUUUUUGAACAAGGAGUAAUUGGAAAAUUAAUAAAGCACGAUACUGCCACACAUAAAAGAAAUCUCUUAUUAGCAUAACUUUAUAAAUGAUUAAUUUAUAAAUUAAUCAAUUCUAAAUUAUAAAAUAUUUAUUUAAUAAAAAAUCUAGAAAAUAUUAAAGAGUCUUUGUACAAUUUAAAAUUGCAACAAUUUUUCAUUAAUAUUAGUAACAAUAUUUACUUUACAUACCAGGGCUGCCACGCAUUUUCUCAUUUCAAAUUUCCUAACUUUUCCAGAUAAAAUAACGAAACUUUUCCAGGUUUUUAUAACUACAUUUAUAUUUUAUAAAAUUAAAUAAUUCCAAUAAAUUUUUACAAAUACAUGGAACUUUCAUAUAAUACUGUA